CCACGUAAAGCCUCGCCUAACCCCUCUCUCUCUUUCUCUCUCUCACUUUGAUCGGAGGAAUCGAUUGAAGGUCGAUGGAGGCAAAUGCGGUUCUGCUUACAUGCGUGCCUCGCCUACCGUCUCUUCCCUCAGCCUCGAGCUUCCCCAUCUCCCGAUUCAGCCGCAAGCCCACCUCCUCGUCCUCCUCCUCCGUAGUUUUGAGGAAGUGCUUGACGAGCAAAGACGAGACUCUCAUCGAUGGGCUUCCCAGGGAGUACUAUGACGAUGAAUGGCAAGCUCGUCAAAGAGAGAAGACAAAGGAGCUGCAUCGCAGGCGACAGGAGGAAGAUGAAGAAGAGGAAAGAAAGGUUGAGGAGUAUCGUGAAAUUGGCAUGAGGUUGAAAGGUUAUCCUGAAGAAGAUGUUCGAAAGGCAAGGAUAUUGGUAUCAAGCUUUAUCAGAUCAGAGGAAGAAGUUGAAGAGAAAAUCGAGGAAGCUGCUGAGAGAGGAGAACUGACAGAACUUAUCUUAAUGGUUAUCUGGAAUCGGCUUGAUCUUGCUAGACGUGAUGAUGAAAAGGAUGCAGUUAGAAGUCUUGACCUCUUAUACAGGAGGGUUGAGACUGAAAUUUUGAAACGGGAGGCCCCUCCUGCCAUGAGGCUGCUCAAUGAGCUUUUGAAUUUGCAUGAUGGUUUUGAUAAUGAAGGAUGGCUGAAGGAAUGUAGAAAGCUGAUGGUGGAUACCUUUCCCGGGAGGAUCCCUUUAGCAUUUUGGUUCCGGCUGGACUUGACAUCAAUAAGGUUUGUUAUGGACUAUUUUGUUAGAGAGGUUGAUGAACUGCUACAAGAGGUUCGUGCUGAACAAAGCGAAUGGCAAGACGCUCAAGGGUUGGACCCUGAAUCUGUUGCAAGUAGGUUGAAGCAGCAGGAGAAGCAACAAACAAUACACCAAGUAGAAGCUCUGCUUGAUUUGGCGAUCAAUUUGAAAUGGUAGCAAGAUCUGUAUAUCCUACAUCCCAUGUUUCUAGACAAUGCAGCGCUGACCAUAAGCAAACUGAGGAACUCAUAUUGAUGCUCCGUACUUGGGCUGGCUUGGCUUGAGCUGCCGCACCAGUAAUGGCCCUCGAGUCAAUCAACCAUGAACUGUACUCAUGUAGGAUCCUCAGUAUGAGUUGUGUUUUAGGGUUUUUAUAUUGUUUAGGAUGGUUAUGACUGUUGUAAGUGACUUUCUGAGAAUCUCCUUAAAUCAAGCUGUGCAUGGUAUCCCUUGUAA